AUGAGUCUUCAGGAUCAUCAGUUUUUUAACACGUCUUAUACGGCGUACCAAAUGUCUCCUUUGUUUAAGUUUGACUCGAUGGAUCUUUCUGAAUUGAGUAAGAAAUUACAAAAGUACCUCAGAUAUGGUUCUACCCGAAGCGACAACUCUCUCUUGGAUUCUAGUGCCACGAAAUUGAAUAUAGAGAGUGCUUUAUUCUUAGAAAUUGAACGAGUGGAAGUUUCGCGUGUCUUGAAGUUGUCAGUCACGUACUCUAUAGCUAACGGUGCAAGUGAAGUAAAACGGCUUGGCCAAGCCUUUUUCUUUGGCCCAUCAAAGGAACUAGAGAGUGACAAUAAUGGUUCAAUACAUACCAGCGAAUUUACUCAUUUCCCUUUAUUGUUCGUUCGUAUGGACGGGAAACUAUGGCAUCAUACUGAACAGUUUCUAAAACUCCAGUUUGAUGUUCAAAUUGUCCCCCGAAAACUCACUUCUAGAACAUUACUGAAAAUAUUUGAUUCCUGGGAGCUGUAUGUAAAGAAUACUGUUCUUUCCAUGCCAACUGAAUUCACUUGGUCAAUCAAUAAUCCCAAUCUGUCGAACCUGAGUAUUGCAAUUCGCGCCGAGGAUUGCAAUUUGUGGAUGAAGAGUUCAAAGUCUCCCUGUGUUUACUACACCUUCGUCCGCCAUGUCAAAAGAUGUACUUCGAUUGAUUUAACCCAUCACCUCUUUGCAGUUACCAAAAUCGUUACGGACAGUUGCAUAAUGACAUCUUCAGGUAAAUUCAAAUUUUUCCCUAAUUCACAUUCUCUCCUACCUACAAUUUUGUACUUUUUAGAAAACUCUAUAGAAGCAUAA